CAGGAUGGCAUAGAGCCCAUGUGGGAAGACCGGAGUAAUAAAUGUGGUGGCUUCUGGUUGGUUGUUUUUGCCAAGCAGCAAAGACACACUGAACUUGACUGCUUUUGGUUGGAAACACUCUUGUGUCUUAUUGGAGAGGUCUUUGGCUCCUUCAGUCAGGAUUUCUGUGGAAGUGUAAUCAAUAUCUGGGCCAAAGGGGACAAAAUUGCCAUCUGGACCACCAAUGCUGAGAUCUCCAAGACUGUCACUUACAUUGGUCAAAAGUAUAAAGAGAGACUUGGCCUCCCACAGAAGCUUGUCAUUGGAUAUCAAGCUCAUGCAGACACUGCAACUAAAAGCAACUCCAUAACCAAAACAAGUUUGUUGUCUGAAAAUAGAACAGAUUGA